CCCCAUCAUUGGUGUCAGUGGGAAGAAUCGUGCCCCAUCAUUGGUGUCAGUGGGAGGAAUAGUGCCCCAUCAUUGGUGUCAGUGGGAAGAAACGUGCCCCAUCAUUGGUGUCAGUGGGAAGGAACAUGCCCCAUCAUUGGUGUCAGUGGGAGGAAUAGUGCCCCACCAUUGGUGUCAGUGGGAGGAAUAGUGCCCCAUCAUUGGUGUCAGUGGGAGGAAUAGUAUCCCAUCAUUGGUGUCAAUGGGAGGAAUAGUGUCCCAUCAUUGGAGUCAAUGGGAAGAAUAGUGCCCCAUCUUUGGUGUCAGUGGGAGGAAUAGUACGUCAUUGGUGUCAGUGGGGGGGA